AUGCCUCGCGCGCUGUGCUUUUUGGUGGCGGCCCUCGGGCCAGCAGCAUUUGCCUACGACUCCUCCGUGUUGAUCACCAGCAGCGGGGUGUCCUCAGGUUCAGACUCCACCAGUUUCCUGCAGAAACCUGUGGUUACUGGGCAGGAUGCCGAUGAGGAAUUCGACGAGAGUUCGGAACCUGUGCACGUAAUUGGCUUACGCCGUGAAAGCGUCCCCAUCUACCGAAUGGGGAAGAUCGCUUCAUUCAAGACAUCCUACUCUGGAGUCGUCAGCAUCGGCUACCCUCCGCAGGACUUCCGUGUGGUCUUCGACACUGGCUCUGCCCAUAUCAUCUUACCAGCCGUGGAGUGCCAUACGGAGGCCUGCCUGGCCAACAAUCGGCGGCUUUACAACCAGGCCGCGUCAACGACGUCGUUGCCCAUCAAUGCAGACGGGAGCAUCGUGCACGAUGGAGACGAAGGGGAGCAGGUUACCAUCGGCUUUGGUACCGGUGAGAUCACCGGAGAGUUUGCCAAGGACACAGUCUGCAUGGGCAAGGGCCAGACAGCCGAUGAGCGGCGUCUGCUCCUGGCAGAGUCCCGACGACAGAAGGCAGGCAUGGGCGUGUCCGAGUUGGCCAGUGGGUCAAUGCGUGUCGGUGCGGUUGAUGCCAUGGCUUCCAUUUCUAAGAUCGAGAACUCUUGGACUUUUCGUGCUCGUGUGGUGAGCAAGGGCGGCUAG